AUGAAACAGAAGUUAACAUUUUCAUUUGUGCCAUCCAUACCAUUAGAUAUAUAAAUUUAGAAUCUAAGAGUAUUUUUGUAUAAUAAUAUUAACAUAGAAAAAGAUAUUACAAGACUAAAAUCUAAAAAAAAUAUGUUUUAAAGAGUUUCAAAAUCAAUAUCGAAUAGAUCAUCUUCUCAAAGUCUAAUCAAAUCUUAGAUAAAUAAAUACUAUUCAAUAAGUAAAGUUUUCAAGUACUGUUUUAUCAAUUGAACAUUUUGCAUUGUUAGCUUAAUGGCUUAAACAAUUGCAAUGUAAUAAUUUUAUAAUAAAAUUAAAUAAUAAUAAAGUAGAUAAUAAUGAAAUUCAUGAUUUCUUGAAUGCAAUAGUAAAGGGUGACAUUUAAAUUAAAAAAGUAUAUUUUAUAUUUCUAAUAUAGAUAAUAAUUACAAAUAAUCCAGGUAUUUAUAAAGGAUAACUAAUAUCUGAAUUGAAAAAACUUAUAAGAUAAUAAAAUGCUAAUAAUUAUUAGUAUUAAUAUAAAUUAGUAUUAAAUAAACAAUAUUUUUCACUUGCUAUAAUAAGAUAGAAUUAUAAUGAAACAUAAUAAUAAAGAGAUUUUUAAGAAUAAAAAGUAUUUUAAAAAAUUAGUAAACUAAACUUUUUUUCAUUUUCAUUCAAUUCAACAUUUACUUAAAUUAAUUUUAGAGCCUUAGAAUAAUUAAUUAAUUUAAAUUUCAAUGAAAAUGGAAUUGAUUAAAUAUCUAAAUUAUAAAUAUCAUCAAGUCUGAUUGUAAACUCUGCUAUUAUGUGUGAAUAAAUGUCAACAUCUAAAGGAUUAUUAAAAAUGGUGAUGUAAUCAUAAUCAUUACUUAAUAAUUCAGUUCCUAUAGAAAAUUUAAUGGGAAAUAGAUAUCAUAAAUUUAGAGUAAAUGUAUUGGAUAUUGAAAAAAAUUCAACCAUUCUUGAGAAAACAUAUAAAAUUCUAUCAGAUAAUAUAUUUUUACAUUGUAAGUAAAUUAAAUUUAGUUCAUCCUUACCUUAAUAAUUAAGUACUUUAUAUAAGAUGUUUGUAAUGACUGAAUCAUUUCAAUAAUAUUCAAACUAAUUAAUUCAAUAAUCAAUUGAAUAAGGAAAAAUUCUGAAAUAAAAUUUAAGAGUAUUAGAUUUAACUUCACUUGAAAAUUAUAAUAGACAUGAUUUAAUUGCCAAAUUUUUAUAAGCCUUAGUUUUUACAGAAACAUCCAAUCUAAAAAAAUUAAGUAAUAAAAUCUUAUUUAUAUAUUUUAGCUAUUUAAAAUAUUGAUAUUGGACGUACUUAAGCAUAUAUUUAAGCUUUAAUAAGAUUUAGAGAAUAUAUAUAACAACAGUAGUAAAAAUAUCCAUUCUAUCAAAAUUUUAAAUUACCUUUAAAAACAUUAAAGUUACCUAAUUAAACUUAUAGAAUGGAAAUUGCAACAAUGAAACAAUUUUUCUAAGAAUUCUUUUUUACUAGAGUUGGAGAUAUCCUAGAGAUUGAAGAAUUUAUAAUGGAAAAGUGUUUUAGAUAAUCAAAUAGAGAGGAAGGAUUAAAAGAGAAUUGUGCAGAAAUAUUUUAAUUAUUAUAAGCUAAUCCUGAUAUAAGAUAUUCAAUAAAAAGAAUUAAGUUUAUAGAAUCAACAUAUUAAUUUGAUAGUGUAACAUAUCGUUGUUUAUUUUUAAAUCAUUGUUUUAAUAUUGAAGAAUUGAUGAUAAAGAAGGAUACUAUAGCAGGAGAAUUUAUUUAAUUUGUUAAUGAAACUGAACAAUUUUUUCUUAAUCAACCUUUAGAUUAUAAAUUACCUUUAUAGAUAAUAACUUUAGAUGAUAUUGAAGAUAUAGUAUUUAAUAUUAGUGAUCUUUUAUAAUUCUUUGUAUUUCAUGAUAGAAUGAAAAUAAAAAAAUUAGUAUUGAAAUAAAUUGUAUUAUUAUAUUCUUAACUUUCUAUUAAUAAAUUAGAAGAAGUUAUAAAUUCUAAAGAUAAAAAUUAAAUAUUAUCUUUAGAGGAAUUUGAAUUUUCUAAUUUAACAGAUGAUGUAGGAGUUUUAUAAUUCUUUAAAUAUGUUGUAUUUAAUAAAAAUAUUCGAAUAAAAAAAUUAAAAUUUGGAAAUCUAGAUUUUUCAGCUUGUGUGUACUUUUUAUAAUAAUAUUUUGAAACACAAAAUGAAUUAAAUGUAAAUCAUUCAUUAUAAGAAUUGAAUUAUCUAAAAAUAUCAAAUGUAAAUUUUGAAGAUGAAAUUUCAUGGGAAUUUUUCUUUUAAAAAUUUGUCCUUCAUCCAACAAUGAAAUUAAAAUCAUUAAAAAUAUAAUAAUAAAAAUUGGAUGAAGCUUUUUAUUAAGGUAUUUCAUAAAGUUUUGAGAAUUCUGGAGAAAUAUUGAAAUUAGAAUUGAAAGAAUUAAAAUAUAAAAAAUGUGAAAUAAUGGUAGAUCCUUUAACAGCCUUUCUAUAUACAUGUUCUUUAAAUCAUUUAUCAUUUGAUUCAUGUAUUAAAAUGGAUUAAGGUUUAAAAAUAUGUAUGGAUAAUUAUCAUUAAUCAAAUGUUAAAUAAUAUAAUAAUUUUAAAUUAGAAUCAUUUUCAAUAAAAAUGAGUAAAGUAGAAGAUACUAAGAUAUUUAAAUGGUUAAUUAAAGAGAUUGCUUUAAAUAUAUAACAUUAAUAAUUAAAAAAAUUAAAUCUUUCUGAUUGUAAUUUAAGUAAUGAACAUCUUAGAAUAUUAUAAGAACAGAUUGAACUUAUUAAAGAUAAUAAUCAAAAAUAAAAAUCAGCAUUUAAAUUAUAUAAUUUAAAAAUUGACUAAAAUCAAUAAAUAUCUGAAUCAACUUGGAUUGAUUUCUUUAAUGUUCUAAUGAAAAAUAAAGCACUAGUAGAUUAAGAUGAUUAGAAUUCCGAGAAAACAAAUAUUAAUUAACAGAAACAUAAUAAUAAUCAAAAAAAGAAAUUAAAAUAAACUAAAUUAAUAAAUGAUAAGGAAUAGUAAUUAUCUAUUAAUAGAAUAAAAAUAGAAGAUUAAUAGGAUAGAGAAAUUAAAGAGAAGAUUGAUACAUUAUAAAAGAACAUAAUAGAAACAACAUUAUACAGAAAUGAUUUGAAUUUAAAAUAGAAAAUAAUAAAUAAUUAUCAUAUAUUUACUCCUAAUUUUCCUAAAUAAUUGAAAUAAUUACAUUUAAAUAUGAAUUUUUAAGAAUUAGAUUAAAAUGAUAAAACAUAAAUUUAUGAAAGAUUGAUAUCUGGUUUAAUUAUGCAUCCAGAAAAUCAAUUAACUGAUUUAACAUUAGUAAAUUUGAAUUUAAUUUUGUUUAUGGAAAAAUGUGAAUAAUUCUUAAUUUAUUAUAAUGUUUAUUAGAAUUAAUGUAUAAAAAAUGAAGAUAAUAAAUGGUCAAGUAAAUUAGAAAGUUUAUCAUUAAAAAGUCUUGCUACUUAAAAUUAAAAAAGCACAGAUUAAUUUGUUAAAACAUUUAUUUGUUCUUAAUCUGUCAAUUUAUAGAAGUUAUUAUUAGAGAAUUUUAAUGAAUAAUUGAUAGUAAGUUUAAUGAAUUAAAUUGAUAAUCGAUAAGAUUAUAAAAUUACAGAACUUACUCUUCUUUGUAUUUAUGAAUCAAUUGAAAGUAAAUAUUUUAAUUCUUUUGUUGAUGAUAUCAUAUAUUGUCAAAAAUUUCCAUUAUAAAAAAUUGAACUUAUUGGAAUGGGAAUUCAAUCAAAUAAUAAAUAGAUAAGUAGUUAAAAUAAAUAAUUAAAAUAAAUUUAAUAUAAAUAAAAAUAGAUUUCAUUAAAAUAAAUAACAAUUUAAUUAAUUGAUGAAUAAUAGGUUAAAACUUUCAUUUCCAUAUUAGGACAUCUAUUAUAAUAACCAGAUUGUAAAUUAGAAGUUAUCAAAAUAUAAACAAAGGCUUAAUAAGAAAAUUUAUCAUCUAAUUUCUUUUCAUAAUUGACAAAUGAAUUGAAAGAUAUCUAAGAAUUAAAUUUAAAGGAAAUACAUGUUCAAGGUAAAGUAAUAUUUGAUGAAACAUUUGUUUAAUUUUUAGAUAAAUGUAUAUUAAGUUUAGAAUAAUUAUCAAUUUCUAAUGUAGACUUUCCAUAUUCAUAGAAAUUAAAAGAUAAGCUUAAUAAACUUAAAAGAAAAGAGAAGAAAUCUAAAUUUACUAUUGAAAUAAAAUAAAUAGCUACUGGUAUUGAACAUUUUUUUGAAUGUUUUACAUUUAAUAAAAAUAUCAAAGCUACUAAUAUAAUAUUGAGCAAUCCAUAAAAUUUCACUUCACUUAGAUUUGAAAAUAUGAGUCAAUUUAUUAAAUCAAUAAAAUUAGAUAUGGGUUUACUUUAUAGUUCAACAGUUAAAUUAAAUAGAGAUAGUUUAACAUUAUUAAGUUAAAGAUUUAUUUAUAAUGAAUAGAGUCAUGUUGAAGAGAUGCUUCUAUAUUAAUGUUAAUUAAAAAGAGAAGAAAUUGAAGCCUUUUGUUUACCAGCAGCUGAAUUUAGAGAAUAGAUAAUUUAAUAAUAAAGAUAAGGUAUAUGCUAAUUAAAAUUAAAAUAAUUUUCAAUAUAUUAUUCAUUAUAUAUUGGAGAAGUAGGUUGUGAAAUAAUUUCUAAAGAUUUAAUCUUUUUUGAAUAUAUUGAUAUUGAAAGAAUAGAUUUCUUAGUUACUAAUUUUAAUGAUUAAAUGUGUGAUCAUUUUAGUCAAGCAGCUAAAAAUUGGAUGACAUUCUAAUAAUUAAAUAAUAGAAAAAAUAAAGAUAAAUAUCCAUUAAAAUAUUUAGAUAUUGGUAGAAAUGAAUUUGUUUAAUCAAAAACUACUUGGGCUAAUUUACUAUAAACAUUAGUAUUUACAGAUAGAGCAACAGAAUUAUCAACUUUAAAUCUUUAAUUUAUGGGUUUUAAUGAUGAAACAAUAUCUUAUCUAGUUGAAUAAGCAUAAUUAUAUUUAGAUUAAAAACCAGAUAAUUAUGUAUUACCAAUUAAGAAAAUCAAUUUCUCUUAAAAUAAUGCAUUGACACAUAGAGGAUGGUAGAAUUUAUUUGAUAAUUUCUUUUUACAUAAAAAAGUUAAUCUUAUUGAAUUAAAUAUGAUUAGUACUAUGUUAGAUACUUAAAUUAAAUUAAAUACUAUUUAUGAAUGUAUAUAGAAAAGAGCUUUAUAAGAACCAAAUUAGAAAUUAUAAUUAUAAGUAUUUUUAUGUUAUAAUGUAUCUCUUAAAAAUGCAAUUGAACCUUAUCUAUAAGUUCCAGCUAAAGAUUAUCCAAAACCAAAAAAUCUACCUGUUGAUAUAGAUUAUGAUAGUUGGAAAUAUGGAAUAUUUGAUGGAAUUCCUGAAGAAUUUGGAUCAAUUAUAAUGUUAGUAAACACAUUAAUAAAAAAGAGAAAUGAAUUUAUAGAAACUAAUAAAUGGAAAUUAUUUGAAGAUAUUAGAUUUCCUAAUUAUCAUUUAAAUUUCCAUUAACAUUAUUUAGCCAUAUUAAAUUCCUAUUUAUAUCAACAAAAUAAUAAAUUAGCCAACUUGUAUUUAAAUUUAUCUACUUUAGAUAUUAUGUGUCAAUUCUUUAAUUAUACUACAUUUAUAAGAGCUACUCCUUAUCCUUAUAGAUUAAUAUUUUCAGAAGAAUCAUUACAAUACUUAUCUGAAUAAUAGAUUAAAUUAAAGAAAUUAAAGCUUAUACAAAUUCCAUUUGCAAAAUUAGAAUAAUUAUCUUAAUUAGAUGUAUUAUAAAUAUGGUAAUAAAUUCGAUAAUUAAACAUUUAAAUUCAAAAAAUUGAAAUGGAAUACUAUUUGAAUGAUGAAUUAAUUGAAGAAAUGUUUAGAUAAAAUUAUAAUGAAUCUGAUCUAUUAGAUUUAAUUACUUUAAUCCCUCCUGCGAAAAUUAGAAUUGAAAAUACAUUGACUUUAAAUACACUUAAAGGAUUUUACAGUAUCCUACAAAAUUAAUAUUAUUUCUCAUCAUCGAUUAUUAAAUAUUCAUUUAAUGAUUGGAUUAAUACAGGUUUAGCUUAUUAAAUAAGAGAAUAUGCAUAUAAUUAUGUACCUAAAACAUCAAUCUAAUCUAAACUUAAAACUAUAGCAUAUAACAUAAGUAAUUGGUUAGUUAUGCCUUAAUAAACAUAUAUAUAUUACAAUGAAAAUUAAUCUCUUUAAUAAUAUCUGGAUAAAAAUGCUAAUCCUUUAUUUAUAAUUUCUUUAAUCAAUAUGUUUUAUUUAAUUUUACUCAUCAUCUUGCCAUUAUAGUAAAUAUUUAUAUAUUCCAUAAAUCAUGAACUCAAUUUUAGUCUUGUGAAUUCUUUUCAAUUUAUCAUACUUAUUUCAACUAUCUAUGAACUUUAUCUAAUAAAUAAUUUAAAAUAAGAAAAUAAACCAAAAACUUUUAAAUAAAUAUUAUUUAGAUAAGUAUAAGACUUACCAAGAUUAGUGUCUUAGAAAUGCAUUCCCUAUUUUAAUGCUAUUUCUAUAAUAAUGUAUUAUUCAUCUGACUCAAAUAUAAUAUUCACUAUAUUUAUAAUUAUCUAUUUUUGUUACUAUUUACAAUUACUAUUUUAGAAUACAACAAUAAUGUAUUAGUAUUAUAAGAAUAAAAAAGUUAUAUUACAGGAUAUAUAUCAUUUAAGUAGAAUAGGUAAAUUUUCAGAGAUUGAAACAAUAAUAAAUGAAAUAUUACCAUAUAAUUCAACUAUUAUCAAAAAAACAAAGUUAACAAAGAAUAUAUUACCUAAAAGUAUUUAUGGAAAAGCUAUUCAUAAUAAAAUCUAUUUUAAUUUAAGAGAUUUUAUAUUAAAAGAUUUACCAUUUUUAAUAUUAAACACAAUAUUCAUUAUUUCAUAAUUACUUAUGAAUACAUUAACUUUAUAUUAAUAAUUAUCUUAAAUAGGAUAAUUGGUUUAGAUAUACAUUUCAUUUAAAAAGUAAUUAAUAUAUUUAUAAAUAUUAGUUUCAUUUCAUAUAGACCAUCUGUAGUAUCUUAAGAUGAUUUUGAUACUAUUUGUAAAAGAAAUUAAAAUAAUUACAAAAGAAAAAAAUUGAAUUUAUUAUAAAAAGAGAAAAAACAAUUGGAUUUAUAUGCAAAUAUUUAUAAUGAGAAGGAAUUAAAAAAUAAGAAAAAGAAAUGA